AUGACGGCGAAGAUAAGAGUGAGAUUUAACAAUGAACGGCGGAGAAAAGACAAGGGUAACAUUGACCACCUUUUACGAGGCAUGCGCAUUCAUACCAUCUCCUCCAGUUACGUACCAAACCCACGAAGUCGAUAUGGUUUUCACUCACGCAGCAUUGACUUCCCCAAUAACACUUCCAGGAGCAAGAAGGGCUCCUGGAAGGUGAUUGGCUGGGACACCUACCUGGAUGAACAGCUGGAGACAUCUCAGCAGAUCUGGGGCCCCGGGGCGCCCCAGGAGCGCGGGGACGAGGAGGAGGCCCGGACGUGCUGCGGCUGCCGGUUCCCGCUGCUGCUCGCCCUGCUGCAGCUGGCCCUGGGCAUCGGCGUGACGGUGGUGGGCUUCCUCAUGGCGAACAUCAGCUCCUCCCUGCUAGUCAGAGACACUCCAUUUUGGGCUGGCAUCCUUGUCUGCUUAGUGGCCUAUCUUGGCUUGUUUAUGCUUUGUUUCUCCUAUCAAGUUGAUGAACGGACAUGUAUCCAGUUUGCUAUGAAACUGUUCUACUUUCUGCUCAGCGCCCUCGCCUUGAUGGUCUGCGUGUUGGCGGUAGCCUUUGCCGCCCACCACUAUUCGCAGCUCACACAGUUCACCUGCAAACCCGCCCCCGGCUCCUGCCAGUGCAAACUGCCCUCCUCGGAGCCGCUCAGCAGGACCUUCGUUUACCGGGAUGUAACGGACUGUACCAGCCUCACUAGCACUUUCAAACUGUACUUACUCAUCCAGAUGAUUCUUAACUUGGUCUGCAGCCUGGUGUGCUUGUUGGCCUGCUUUGUGAUGUGGAAACAUAGGUACCAGGUCUUUUACGUGGGUGUCAGGAUGUGCUCCCUAACAACUUCCAAAGGGCAGCAGCAAAAGGUCUAACAUCCUUGCUCAAAGAUGGGAGAGCAGCACAUUGACUAACUGUGGUUUUAAAAACAAUAUUUUUAAAGAAGAAAGAAAAUUUCCACUUUUGACCAUGGCUCACCGUCACUGGUUCCCAAAUGAAUCUUUUUAUACUUUUCUCCCAGAAAAAAGAAAGAGCAUUUUUUUUCAGGUUUCUAUAGAACUUUAAACAAUUCUUAUGAGGCAAGUCCCAUCCAACUUGACUUUGGGAUAGUAAAACACAAGGUGGGAGAGAAAUGGCACAGCUCUGUCUUUAGAGCCUGGAGUUUACCCUGAGUACUCCUCCCCAUCCAGUAGUGAUAUAAAAGAUGUCCUCUUCCUUCCAAUUGGAUGGGGUGAGCAGGCAUUUCAGGCCCACUGGCUAACUUUUUGAGACUUCCUCCGGCCCUCACUAUCUCCCUCCAUCAUUCGCACUAUGUCUAGGAGGGGGGUCAGGGGUAGAGAAAGAGCUGAACAACUGGGUUAGGUCUCUAUUUUCCCUGGUAGUGACGUUCUCAAGACCUGAACUAGCUUGUAGGCGCAGAGGAGCAUAGGACGCGUCUUUGCAAAAAGCACAAUAAUUAGAAACACCUGGGCUGGGGCAGCGGCCUUUACGGCUCCGUUUGGCACUAACUAGAUCACGGAGUAAAUGCUUUGAUGGCUGUCUGGUUUUCAAUAACUGAAAGGUGUUAGUCGUUGUAUUCUUAACGAUGUAGCAGGUUUAAACAUAAUUGUAUUAUGCUUCUAUUCUAUUGUAAGAAACAAAUCAUUAAAACUAAUUUCUGGCUAAUUGUUAAUUAUGA